AGCUGCUGCUGCUGCUGCUGGUUCUGAUGUACCCAUGGCGGUUGAGCCACCCCCAGGACCGUCGUCGUCCGCGGCAGGUGCAGGAGUUGCGGUGCCGGAUGGUGUCUGCAACGGCGGCGGCAGCAGCCUGAUGGAGGUGGAUGGCAUUGCGCCAGCAGCGGCAGCAACGAAGCUGGCGGCAGGGGCGGGCACGGCAGGCUCCGAGGCAGCAGCAGCAGCAGCUGGCAAGGCCGUGGGUUACAUGGGGCGCAGCCUGCGUGAUGUGGCGCUACUGGACGGACAGCUGUUGCGGCUGCGGAGAAAGGAUGCCCCGAACAGCGACAGUGACGACGACGACGCCUGUGGCAGCGACAACGACACGGGGGCCCCAGUCACCGGCAGGAAGGCCAAGGCAGCCAAGCAGGCAGCAGCAACAGGCACGGACACACCGCCCAUGUCCGCAGCACAAGCCGCCGCUGCUGCUGCGUUGAAGCGAGCGGCGGCCUCUGCUGCUACUACGCCCGCCAGCCGCAAAGAUACCGGCAUUAAGGCAGCAUUAGGAAGGGCAAGCAGCGGCGGCGGCGGCGGGGGCGCCACGUUCGGCUCUAAUAACACCGGCUUGGUUAAGCGUGCGAGCACCUGGGAUGACAACGUGGUGCCGCGCGAGGGCCAGCUGCCCGGCCUGGCCGGCCUCUCCAACCUGGGCAACACCUGCUUCAUGAACUCCAGCCUGCAGUGCCUGGCGCAUGCGGUGCCGCUCAUGUCGGCAUUCCUGGGGGGAGCCUACCUGCAGGACCUGAACCGCACCAACCCGCUGGGCAUGAAGGGCGAGCUGGCGGAGGCGUUCGGGGCGCUCAUGGGGCAGCUGUGGAGGGGCGGCGUGUCCUCCGUCACCCCGCGCGCCUUCAAAGCCAAGAUCGGCCGCUUCGCGCCGCAGUUCAGCGGCUACGCGCAGCACGACAGCCAGGAGUUCCUGGCGUUCCUGCUGGAUGGGCUGCACGAGGACACCAACCGCAUCAAGAACAAGCCGUACAUCGAGGAGAAGGACCAGCCGGGUCGGCCCGACGAGGAGGUGGCGGCGGAGGCGUGGGCCAACUACCGGGCUCGCAACAACUCCCUCGUGGUGGACCACUUCCAGGGCCUGUUCAAGAGCACGGUGGACUGCCCGCAGUGCGGCUUCAAUUCCGUCAAGUUCGACCCCUUCAUGUACCUCUCCCUGCCGCUCCCCGAGAGCCGGCGGCGGGUGGUAGAGGCGGUGCUGGUGGCUGCUGACGGCAGCCUGCCGCCCGCCCGCAUGGCGCUGGAGCUGGCGGCGGGGGCCACUCUGGGGGACCUGGUGCGCGCGGCGGCACGGCUGGCGGAGCUACCCGCCGAGGUGCAGGCGGCGCCCGAGUCCCACCUGCUGCCCGCCCGGCCGCUGCGCCCCUCGCCCUCCGCCGCGUACGACGAGGUGGUGCUGCUGCCCGACUGCCGCAUGCGGGUGGCGGAUGCGCUGGACGCGGGGGGAGGUGGCGGAGGCGGCGGGGGCGGGGGGUACAACCUGAGGAGCUCGGCGGCACACAACGCAG